AUGUCCUCCCCCUCCUUUCUUGCAAAUUAUGAACCCCUCGACGUUAUUGGGAAUGGAUCCUUUGGAAUCAUCCGCAAAGUGCGCCGGAAAUCGGACGGUGUGCUGUUUGCGCGGAAAGAGCUGAACUUUGAGAGGAUGACGGAGCGGGAUAGGAAGCAAAUAGUUGCUGAAGUAAACAUCCUCAAAGACCUACAUCACGACCACAUUGUGCGAUACCACGACCGUUACGUCGACCGCGACGCUGGAAUACUCUACAUCCUCAUGGAAUACUGCGGCGGCGGCGACCUCUCCGCCGUCAUCAAGCAGGCCGCGAAACAGAAUAGGCCGAUCCCGGAAGACACCAUCUGGCACUACUUCCUCCAAAUCCUCCAUGCACUCCACCACUGUCACCACCCAAACGGACACACACGCUCCUCUAGCGGCUCCGGUUCCUCGCUUGAUGCAGAGGGCGCCUCGCGCCGUGUCCAAAUUCUACAUCGAGAUUUGAAACCCGACAAUGUUUUCUUGGACGAAAACAAUACAGUGAAGCUGGGAGACUUUGGAUUGUCGAAAGCACUCGCACAGGCGAGUUUUGCUAGCACUUAUGUUGGGACACCGUAUUACAUGUCCCCCGAACUCAUGCAAGAAAAGGCAUACGACUCAAAAUCCGACAUCUGGUCUCUGGGCUGCCUCAUAUACGAGCUCUGCGCGCUCAAACCACCCUUCCACGAAGCCAAAACCCACUCCGAACUGAGCAUAUUCAUCCGCAACGGGCGGAUCCCACCGUUACCCCGCGGAUACUCGCAGGCGCUUACGUCGGUCAUCAAGUCGAUGCUGAAUCUUAACGCAAGUGCCAUGUCGACAUCCUCUCACCACCCCGCCAUGCGUCCUUCCGCCGCGCAGCUCCUCCAACACGAACGCCUCGAGCUCGUGAACAAGGUCUCAGAGGCCGAAAAGAUGCUCGCGACGGUGAAAGCCCACCGCGCAGCGGUGACCGCGAAAGAACGCGACGUUCUCGCGCGCGAACACCGUCUCGCCGCCGUCCUCACCGCCAAAGACCACGAAAUCGCGCAACUGCAACAUGCUGUCUCGCAGCUGCAGUCGCAGCUCACAUCCACUACAGCACAGGCACAGGGGGCGUACCAGUACACGCGGCACGAUCUCGAGCACGCAGCAAAGCAGGCAGUCGGGCGGAGGGAGGAGGAGCUAAGGGUGUUGGUGAUGAAGCGAGAGGAGGAGGUCGCUGCGGCAAUUGCGAAGAGGGAGGAGGAAAUUAUGGAUGCUGUCCGUGCGCGAGAGAGCGAGAUUGACCGUGCGUGUGUGGCGAGAGAGGAGGCGGUGCGGCGGGAGGUGGAUGAGCGGGUGCGGUGGGUUGUUGAAAGGGAGAGGGUGCUGAGGGAGGAAGAGAGGAGGAUCGAGGGGGUCAGGAGGGAGGUGGAGGAGGCUAGGAGACGCGCUGAGGCGGGUGUUGGAAAGGGCCGCAAGGAUAAGAACCCGCUGGAGGAGGUCAUGAACGUUCUGGCGCAGGUUACACCUUCGCAACCGCGGCGACGGAAACUCGAUCCUCAACCCACUCCCCGUGCCAACGGCAAUAAAACAACAACGUCAUCAUCACAUCAACACUCUGCUUCGAACUCCAGCACAUCCUCCUCCUCCACCUCUUCGUCCUCGUCGAAUGACGCAACUGCAAGCGCAAACACCGCCGCGGCGCUCGAGACGCCCACGGCUUCCCGUCCAUUCGCGAUCUAUUCUGCAGAUUUUAUGCCAGUAUCUGCGAUGAAGGGCGUGGUGCUGACUUCUACAGGAGAAACGCUUGCUACGCCGUCGCCUGCAGAACUUGUCAGCUUGUUUGCACGCUCGCCGAAGGUGGGUUUGGACUUUGGCAAGAUCUUUUCGCGGGAUGAGGGAGGUGGAAGUGGAGGUGGCAGCAGCAGCAGUGGGCAGCAGGGGCAGGGGCAGAGUCAAAGUCAAAUACCGCAACCGCAGUUGAAGCAGACCACGACAUGUCAGUCACAACAGAGCCAGCAGCAGCAAAGAGUCACAAUGCAAUAUGACGAUGAAGAGCUGGAUAGUCCUCCACCCAGCCCGAGUGCGCGGAAGGAGAGGGAAAGGGAGAGGGAGAAAAGGGACAUGAACGGGAUGUCAUCAGCUCCUCCGCCCCCGACGAGGAUACGCAGGCCGUCGAUUCGGACGUCCGCACGGUCAGCGCCUGCCAGGACGAGUGGAUUCCCGCCUUCGACUGCGUCGUCGUCGUCGUCGAGUUCGGAUUCGUCGUCGGGGAACUCGCACUCGAACUCGAGUCAUACGGCCACGCAUGGGAACGGGAACGCGGCCACCUCCAACGCGAAUACGAAUACGAAUACGAAUACGAAUACGAAUGGAAAACAGAAACAGAAACAGAAACAGAAUCCUAAGCCACUGCCCCACCCGCACCUGCGCCCGUCUCGCUCGGGAUCGAACCUGGCCGCUGCGCGCGCGGCGGCGCAUGCAGCAGCAGCAGCUGGCCGUGUGCCCCUUCCGCCCGCACCCGUGUAUGAUCUCGCAGACGAGGACAAUCUCCCGAGCCCGUUUAUCAAGCGGACGAUGGGGAGGACACAGUCGUAUCCUGUUGUGGGCUCUAAUGGGAGCGGGAGUGGGAGUGCAUCUGGGAGUGGAAGCGCGAGCAAUCAACACACGACGUCUGCUUCUGCUGCUGCUGCUGCUGCGGAGAGCUCGAGCAAAACGAAGCGGCGGGGUAGCAGCGGGCUACUGUUGCGCGCGGUGGCGGCUGCGAAUAGCGCCGGGCGGACGAGAAGUGCAGGAGCGGGAGCGGGGCUGGGAUCGCCUUUAAUGGACGAGGAGGGCGCGGAGGGUGGAGUGAGUUUCCCGCCUGCUGUGCCCGAACCUGGGCAAGGGAUGGGGGAGGGUGCGCGGCCUUCGUUGGCGAGUGCGCGCAAGGCGAGUGAGGAGGCGAGGAAAGCGUUGUUGAGAUCGUGA